AUGCCUGCCGCUGCCUUGGGUUCUACUGCGGCUCAGGCUGCAGUAGCCGCGAUGCAUGCUGGUGCUUCACGGCCCGGAGUUUGUCCUCGUCCGAACUCUGAUCAACUCGGCCUGUAUGAGAUCAUUGUGACAAUUAAUCAGGCCUAUCAGAAUUUUUCACCUUAUACGGAAGACAAAAUAAAACAAAUGCGUCUGCGUCCGAUCAGUUUGGUAAGUCAUGAGAACCGAGUUUGGGGUCGCAUAUUGGAUGGCGGAAAAUGUGCACAGUUAUUGAUUAAUUCUUGUGAUCAAUUUUCUAUACUACUAUUCAGUGAAAUGCAAUGA